AUGGGAUGCGGACAGAGCAAGAUUCAUCUUUACCCGAGGAAAAAUAAGAGCAAAUCGAACGGAAAGAAGAGCGGCCAUAUAGAGGACGCCGAAGCGGACGAGGAGGAUGGACAGAAUGGCCGGGGCGGUGACGAUCGGGCCGACCGGGGCGACCCGAACGGCGAGAAGGAGAAGCUCGACGAGGAACACUCACUCCGGGACGACGGUUCGCCGGAGCCACCGAAUGGCGAGAUCGUGUCAAUACUCCGCAAGAACGGUUCCCUGCUCCAGAGCCAGGAAAUAUCGUCCAGCCAACAGAACUUCUUCCGAAUGUUGGACCAGAAAAUCGAAGAGGGCCCAGACUACGAUUCGAGCAGUGAAACGGAGCAAGCCCUGGAGGAGGCUCGCCUGAACGCGCUGGUGCAGCACUGGGAAUCGGCCAGCUUGACCACGUCGAUGUGUUCUUCCACCAGCCGGUCCCUGCAGGGGACACCGGUCCGGCAGGUACCGCUCAGACAGCCUCCAUUGAGGCCACCGUUCCAGCAACCGCUCAGUGCCGAGCUGUUGUCCCAGCAGCAGCUGCUGCUCAAACAACAGCACCAUCACCUGCAGCAGCAACAGCAACAGCAGCAACAGCAGCAGCAACUACACAGCCUCCAGCAGUCGCCACAGCAGCAGCAGCAGCAGCAGUCGAUCAUACACCAAAACCUCAGCCUCGGAAUGGGCAUGAGCAGUCCGAAGCGGGUGAUCGGGAGCGGGAAUGCCGUCAGCGUCGGUGGCGACCCUGGCACCCAGCGGUCGCUGCUGGCCCAGUCGCUCAUCCAUCAGAACUACGGUGUGAUACAGACGUCGCAGACGGCGACCCAGCUGCGCCCCAGCUCGGGCCGCACGCUGCCAUCGCCGGUGCAGUGCCUGCAGAUGUCCUACUACCAGCAACAGCAACAGCAGCAGCAACUUCAGCAACAACAGGCCCAAUCGCUGAGCCAGCACUUCCCGCAGCAGCAAUCGAUACCUCCACAGUCCUACUACAAUGACAUUCUGCGGCAUCCGAUGCAGCGGCCUCCCCUUUCCAGAAUGCAGCUUGCACCGGAGCAACAGCAACAGGAUGCCGAACGGGAUGGUGUACAACAGCAGCUCCAGUCACAGCCGCCACCUCCGCCAGGAAUCUCGAACGUCUCGUCCUCGGUGGCCGCAUCGCUGGCGUCCGCCUCGGUGGCGGUCGCGUCGGCUGGCGGUAGUGGAGGAGCGAGUGCCAGUGCCAGCGGCGCGGCCGGAUCGUCCGCGGUCAGUGCGGCGCUUGCCGGUGGCUCCCUGACACUGUCCGGUGAGCCUCGCUUUCCGCCGGCGAUCGCCGUGCAACGGUUAGCGCCCCAGGUGCAGCGGCAACUGCGCGAAACCCAGGAACUCAUCAAGGACUCGUGCGCGCAGCUAUACGGAUCGGCUUACGGUAGCCCCGGGCCACCGGUCGUCGCACUCCCGGUGGCCGGUGGAUCGAGUGGGGCCCCGCUCCGUACGGGGCCCGGCUCGGUGCUGGGCCGGUCCGCCGGCCGGCGCCCCACGCUCGAGACUCAGUAUUCGCAGGAACUUUCGUGA